AAUUAUUAUAAAAAGAAAAGAGUAUUUUUAAAAUUUUCACAAGAAAAAUAUACACAGAAACCAGAGAAGAGAACAGUAGUGAGUGCGUAUCUCGAAGAAGCGAAAAUUUGUUUCCCGCCAUCCCCCAGAACAAAAAAGAAUUCGAACAAAUGAAAUCCCUAAUUUACUGAGUUAAACCCUCAAAUUCAAUCAAUUACGAAGAAGACGAAGAAGAUUCAACAGAAGAAAAAAAAUGUCGACGUGGCAGUUAUUCUCCGACGCCGACAACAAUUACCGGUGGCAAAUCAACUCCGACGACACUUCAAAUCUUAUCAAACCUCCCACUCCUCCUAUUCCCACCUCCACCCUUCCCUCUAUGUACAAUCUUCUCCUACAUGCUUCCACUUCACACCUUUUCCAACCUCAAGAUGAUGAAAAUGCGAUGGAUGAUAGUUUUGGAUUCUCGAAUUCGCUUUUCAAGACAGCUUCUGGAAGAAAAGUUACUAUUUCUCCUAAUGGUAUUGUUAGAGCAAAGACUUUACUUGGAUUAGGUUUGAAUGAUGAAAUUGUAAGUAGUGAUAUUCAAACCCCUCUUAGUGCUAAGAAAUUUAAUGGUUUUGAUGAAGAAUUGCCGCGUUUAAAGGUUAUUGAUAGUUGUAAAAAGUCAAGUUCUGUGUCGUUUCAAAGUCCUUUAGUUAGUAGAUUGAGGAAUGGUUUUGAGGAUAAAAUUGUGCAACCAGAUAGUGCUUGUAGCAGUGUUAAGCAAGCUCCAGUUAAAUUCCAAUCUGUUGUUAGUGAUAUUCAAACCCCUCAGAAUGUUAAAAAGUUUAAUGUGUUUGAUGAAGAAUCACCUCAUUUACAGUCUAUGGAUAGUUGCAAAACGAAGAGUGUUGUGUCGUUUCAAAGUCCUUUAGUUGGUAGAUUAAAACACGGUUUUGAGAAUAAAAUUGUGCAACCAGAUAGUGGCAGUGUUAGUUGUGCUAAGCAAGUUCCGAGUAAAUUCCAAACUAUUGGUCAUAUUCAAACCCCUCAGAAUGUUACAAAAUUUAAUGCGUUUGAUGAAGAAUCACCUCAUUUACAGCUCAUGGAUAGUUGCAAAGCGACAAGUGUUGUGUCAUUUCAAAGUCCUCUAGUUGGUCGAUUAAAGAACGGUUUUGAGAGUACAAGUGUGCAGCCAGAUAGUGGAUUAGGUGGUGGUGCUAAGCAGUCUUCAAUCAAAUUCCAAACUGCAGGGGGAAGGUCAUUAUCCAUUUCCCGUGAUGCGCUGAAACGCGCUAGGAGCCUUCUUGGUGAUCCUGAUUUAGGAGAUUUCUUUGAUGGAGGGGAUUCACUUUUCUCGUUUCCGGAUAAGAGACAAACCAACACAAUCAUUUCUUCUGUUGAAAGAAGUGAGAGUAAUAAUACUCAGACUCCUUUGCUUCAUCAAAUGACACCAGAGAGCAAUCACAAUCACAUGAAAAAAAGUUUCAAAUACCCUUUGCAGCCUUCUAAACAAAUGGAAUUUUCAAAUAAGCUUCCCCAUGAAGGCAAUGGGAAUAACUUAAUCAGGAAAUUUGAUGAUGCUGUGAAUGAAAGUGACUGUGGUCGUAAAAGUAGCAGCACUCCUGGACAGAAACCCUUGUAUAACAAAAAUGAUGUGGUUAACUCAACAAUAAAAAGUUCUUCAUUGAAUGGUUUUUCUUCAAGAAUGGGUUCACGUGGAAAGCCUUUGGGCAGGGCAUUGGUUGAUAUUUCCAACACAACUACCACAAUUAAUACAAACAAUAAACAACCUUCCGGUGGGAAAAGGAGACUAGGAUUAAAUGCAACUGUUUCUUCCUUCAAAAAGCCUCGCAUUUCCAAUAUCUCUGCCUCUGGUGACCAAGUUGUUCAAAAGUUUCCUAACGAUUUGUCUCAAUUAUCAUCUGGUGCUUCUGGAUGCAAAAGAAAUGUUUCUACCCGAUACCCAUUUCGAUAUCCAAGGAUGCACAUCAAGGAAUUUUUCGCAGUUCCUCCAUUAGAACAAAAACUGCAUUUUCCCAACCAAGUCAGACAGGUGACGUCAGGUAAUGCAGGAAAGUACAUAUUCAAUGAUGGGUCUGAUGAUAGUGGUACGGGAGCAGAAGCUUUCGUCCAUCUGUUGGCACAGCACGGAGCUUCCCUUCAUUUUGCUUCAAAAGAGUGGGUUUUGAAUCAUUACAAGUGGAUUGUUUGGAAACUGGCAUGCUAUGAGAGAUGCUAUCCAGCUAGGUGCGCUGGAAAGUUUCUGACUGUAUCAAAUGUGCUUGAGGAACUGAAGUACAGAUAUGAAAGAGAAGUGAAUCAUGGCCACCGGUCUACCAUCAAGAAAAUUCUCGAAGGGGAUGGAUUGCCUUCUUCAAUGAUGACUCUCUGCAUAUCUAGCGUUCACUCUGAUCAUGUACUUGAAAGUGGGACAUUAUUUGAGGCACAAACCGGGAAUCAGAGCACGGAAGCAGUAAAAGUUGAACUAACUGAUGGAUGGUAUUCUAUAAAUGCCAUUUUAGACGUUCCAUUGUCAAAGCAACUGGCUACUGGAAGAUUGUUUGUAGGACAAAAGCUUCGGAUCUGGGGAGCAGGAUUAUGUGGCUGGAAUGGGCCAGUUUCACCCCUUGAGGUGUCAUCAACAGUUAGUUUAUUUCUUCACAUGAAUGGAACAUAUAGAGCUCAUUGGGCUGAUCGGUUAGGAUUUUGUAAAGUUGCUGGUCCACCUUUGGCUUUUAAAUGCAUAAAAAGCAAUGGCGGUUUAGUACCUCAAACUUUGGCAGGAAUUACUCGCAUAUAUCCCAUUCUUUACAAAGAAAGGUUAAGCAGUGGACGAUCUGUUGUCAUAUCAGAGAGGAUGGAGGAUAAAAUGAUGGAGCUGCACAAUCAAAGACGCUCCGCUAUUGUAGAUAACAUUGUUUCGGAGUAUCAGAAGGAAAGAACGGGUUCACAUAUUUAUGAUUAUGGCGAUAGUGAAGGGGCUAAGAUUUAUAAGAUGCUGGAGACAGCUGCAGAACCCGAAUUCCUAAUGGCAGAUAUGAGUCCGGAGCAACUUAAUUCUUUUGCUGCUUAUAAGGCCAAAUUAAAUGCAACCAGACAGUCACAAAUGGAAAGUUCAAUUGAGAAAGCUUUGAAAGAUUCUGGCUUGGGGAACAGAGAAGUAACGCCAUUUAUGAGGUUACGGGUAGUUGGAUUAACUUAUAAAACUCGACGAGAGAAGCCUAAAGAAGGCAUAGUAACAAUCUGGAAUCCAACGCAGAAGCAGCGCCAGGAGCUGGUAGAGGGAGAAGCAUAUGCAAUUGCAGGACUCACACCAUCAGGCUCUGAUUCGGAUGUCCUUCACUUGCAGACUAGAGGAUCUACUACCAAGUGGUUGCCAUUAUCUUCUAGUGCAAAGGAACAGUUUAAGCCAUUUUUCAGUAGUCGGAAAUCAAUCCCAUUGUCAAGUUUGAGUGACAUCCCUCUUUCCAAUGAGUUCGAUAUUGCUGCAUUUGUUGUGCAUGUGGGAGAGGUUUAUACAUCAAAUCAGCAAAAGAAACAAUGGGUUUUUGUUACUGAUGGAUCCAUCAUGCAUGGUUUACGGUCAGAAAAGUUAAUGGACACGUUACUUGCCAUUUGCUUUUGCUCUCCAUUGAUUGAUCAUGAUUCAUUUCCACCAAUCAACUAUAACCUCGCUGGAUCUACGGUUGGUUUCUGUAAUCUUAUAAAAAAGGAGAAAGACCAUACAAACCAUGUCUGGGUUGCUGAUGCUAAUGAAAACUCAACCUAUUAUUUGAAAUUUGAUUCCCUACACUGUUCUCACCUCCAAAAUGCUGCCAGCUCCGUCACAAGAUGGGCUAGCGAAUCUAGCUUGAUAAUGGAGAAACUCAAGGAAAAUGUGUUCGAUAUAAUUGGUGAUUGUAAAGCAUAGAUGGAGAAAAGGAGAACUGUCCAAAGAUAUGCGCAUGUUUCUCUGUUGGCUAUGUAAUAUUAAACAGUUUCUGAAAUCCAUGACACCAUUGACGUAGUUAAAAGUUAACAGGUCCUUUAUAAAAGGAUAACAAGCCUUUUGAAAAUAUAAUGUUAGUGUUCCCAAAAUUUUUGGGUGAUGCUAAA